ACCAGCUACCGCUUUCAGUCCGGAGAGCUCUGAUAUGGCACGUCGUGUCUACCUCUCUGCCAAGGGCUGAAACCAUCCGUCAGUUUUUAAAAUCACACCUGAAGUGAACGUUCAGUCAUUUCACCUGUUUAGAUUCAUUUCAGACGGGGUUUCCAUUUUGUUUUUCUGUCCCAGCUGUGUUAGCAGCAACGUGUGUGUGCAAGGGAAGGAGCGUGUGGACUAUGCUCACCUCGGUCGACUGAAGGAGGGGGAGUGGAGGAAUUGAUUCUGUGGAGAGAGAACUCCACGGCGGGGAACUGAUCGUACAGGACAAAUCUAAAGAUGCAAAGAGCCGACUCAUCCGUGACCCAGUCCACAACCACGCAGAACACAACAAUUGUCACCAAGUCUAAAGAACAAAUCCUCACGCAGAGCUCAGGAGCCAUGAUAGCUGUAAUCGUCAUUGGCAUAAUCAUCAUUCUCACAUUUUUGCUGAUAGUCCUCAAGACGUACAACAGGAGGACUCAUGCGAAAAGGAUGCUGGGCUCCAGCAAACCACGAAAGAAGGUGUCCUCAACUACCACAAACACGAACCUGGCCAUGAGCAACGUGGGCGCAAGCUCGGUCUCCGGAAGCUUUGUGCAGUCUAACACGCCCUCAGAAAACGGGUACCGCAUUCCUCGGGUCGACCUGGCGAACAUGGAUCGGAGUAAUGGGGAGCAUUUUAGCACGAACAGCGGCUCGACUAUUGUGACGAUACAUGAGAUGCCAUCAGUAGAUAACACAUAGCAGACAUUGUCUGGACUCACAUGUGCGAAGACGCUAACAUACCAACAUGAACAAAGAACCAAUGGAAGAGGCCCGAUCAUACCUGUGCACCUGCCAUUAACUGAACAUUCACCCGCUUGGGAUUUCAUGGAACUUUGAUAAGUCCACUUUAAGCCUGUAUAUGAUAAUGAAGAACCUGAGGAAUACUACAGACAAGUGUCCCACCACUUGACAUGAUUAUAGUUUUAUUUUUAGCACUGGAUUUGGUGAGGAAAUGUAGGUUAAAACAUAUUUAACUGCCUUGAGCUGAAACUCUUCUUAAAAAUGGAAUUGGUGGGAGCCAGAAUCGAGUUAGAGAUGUUAAGGAUACCAGUCAAAUUAACUUGUGUAUUACCGUGACAUUUGCACUCUAAUAGUGAAGUCUUUCAUAAAAGAUUGUUCAACAAUAUACUGUUUUACCACUCUGUAUAUAUAUAUAUGCAUUUGACAGACCCUCAUCCAGUGCAGUUUAAUUUUCAUUAAAAGUAUAUAUUUUGUGUUUA